AAACUUACCUAGAGUGUCUGUUGAUGGGACAGUCUACACUGCAGCCGAGAGAGAGAGAGAGAGAGAGAGAGACUUUCACUCUCUCCUAUUAGAUGGACUGAGCAGGAAGAAAGAAAACGGAUAAAAUCAAAAGCCAAAGACUUCGACUUCAAAUCAAAGCAAGUGUGUUCAGUAAAAAGACUUGUUCCAUACUGCCAUGGCAGACAGCAUGAUUGAGGAGUCUGACUACUACCCUGGGAAGGAUGAUCUGGACUGGGGAUAUCAGGAAGUAGGUAAAGAACCCAAAGAAGGUGUAGAGUGGGGUUUGCUGUUCCCUGAUGCGAAUGGAGAGUACCAGUCCCCGAUCAACCUGAACUCCCGGGAGGCCCGUUAUGACCCCUCUCUCCUGGACGUGGGGCUCACGCCCAAUUAUGUGGUGUGUCGGGACUGUGAGGUCAUCAACGAUGGACACACCGCACGCAUCAUUCUGAGGUCCAAAUCAGUGGUAACUGGUGGCCCAUUGCCAAGUGACCACGAGUAUGAGCUGCAUGAGGUGCGCUUCCACUGGGGCAAGGAGAACCAGCGGGGGUCAGAACACACCGUCAACUUUAAGGCCUUCCCCAUGGAGCUCCAUCUGAUCCACUGGAACACAACGCUGUUCAACAGUGUGGAAGAAGCCCUGGCGAAGAAGAACGGAGUUCUCAUCAUCGCUCUGUUUGUGCAGAUAGGGAAGGAGCAUCUGGGGUUGAAGGCCAUAACAGAAGUGCUGCAGGACCUACAAUACAAGGGGAAGACCAAAAUAAUACCGUGCUUCAAUCCCAACACACUACUUCCUGACCCUCUCCUGAGAGACUACUGGGUGUAUGAGGGCUCCCUGACCACACCUCCAUGUAGUGAGAAUGUCACCUGGAUCCUGUACCGUUACCCACUCACUAUCUCACAGUUACAGAUAGAGGAGUUCAGGAGGCUGAGGUCCCAUCUAAAAGGUGCUGAGCUUCCUGAGGGAAACGAUGGGAUGUUGGGAGACAAUUUCCGCCCCACUCAGCCCCUUAGUGACAGGACGGUCCGGGCUGCCUUCCAGUGACACCCCCCCCAGUCCAUUCUCCAUGGCGAAUCCCUAGCUACAUGUUCCACAGUGAAACAAGAGGAGGAGAUAAAGGAGGGGAGAGGGAGAAACAACCUUGCUGACUCGGCCGGAUGGUUGGAAUUUAUGUUACAUUGGAUCACUUGGACUGGGAGGGAGCUAACAAAGGCACCAUUUUACUCUGUGUUGAUGAAGGCAGUGCUGACAGAUCAACCGGCUGACUUCACCUGUGACCUGGAACCAAUGGCAUAUAUCAGUUUUCAAACAAUGUAAAAAAAUAUAUAUAUAUUGAGUUAAUAAAGUCGCAUACAAA